AUGACGACCCUUCCUCCCAUCAAAGGUGCCGAAAGUCUUCCAUCCAGAUGGUCCCUGACCGAAGACCUCGGCGGUUAUGACAUGCCAAUCCGCCUCGAAGGCGAAAUCGGCGAUGUCAUGGUGCGAGGCACCAUUCCGGACUCUAUCGAUGGAACCUUCUACCGCGUUGGCUCGGACCACUUCACCCCGACUCUUCCAGGGCACAGUCCGCUCCUAGGCCACGGGGUUGUCAGCGCAUCUCGCAUCCACAAGGGCCAGGUGGAUUUCAAGAUUCGAUAUGUCCAGAAUGACCGAUACAAACUGGAGAGGAACCUGAAAGAGAGCGUCUGGGGCGACAUGCGUGAUCAUCCGCUCAGCCAGCAUCCAUGCGUCAAGGCUGUCUUGACCUCGACCAGCAACACCAACGUCAUCUACUGGGCCGGAAGGCUUCUUGCCCUGCAGGAGAUGGAUCCUCCCUACGCCAUGGACCCCGACACUCUGGAGACCACUGGCGUGGAUCCGUUUGGCAAUCAAAUCCUUAGCCCGACCUUCACGGCGCACCCAAAGAUUGAUUCCAACGUCAAUGAGCUGGUCACCUGGGGUAUCGAUCACGGCGCAAACGAGAUUAUAUCUUAUUCGAUUGACCGUCAUGGGAUUGUCAAAAAUGAGCACCAGAUUAAACGCGCCAUAGGGGGGCUCAUCCAUGAUAUUGCCAUGACAGAGAACUGGAUCGUCUUCUGCCAGUGGCCUACCUCUUUUGUCGACGGGACCACUGUUUGGGACACUAGCCGGCCCGCCAUCUUUGUGGUAGCCCCAAGACAUCCCAAGCACCCCUUGGAAGGCUCAGGCUGGGAGCCCUAUGAGCACCGGAUAUAUACGCACGAUUUCAACUCGGAAAUUGUACAUACGGCUGGCGCGUGGGAGGAGGGCGGCAAGAUCUUUUUCGAAGGCACAUGGCCUCAUGAGAGCCUCUUCCCAUUCUGGCCGAAGACCGACGGCAAGAAACCAUCUGAAAAGACUGUUGUGGACCUAGUCCGGCUGGAGAUUGAUGUCAGUCAGCCAAGCAAUACGAGGAUCCCAGAUCCCGUUACCCUGGUGGACAUUCCCAACGAGUUUCCGAGGAUCGACGAACGUUUCUACUGUCGAAAGUACGACCACAUCUUCAUGAACAUCUACUAUUCCGAAACGGAGAAGUUUCUUGUGAACAAGCAUGUUUUCGAAGGACUCAACGCCACCGCCAUGCUGACCAAGAGCACCGGAGAGCUCAAGGUCUAUUAUCCGGGCCCUAACUGUCGGUGUCAAGAACCAGUGUUUAUCCCUCGGUCCGACAGUGCCCCGGAGGGAGAUGGGCACGUUAUAUUCGCGGUUGAUCGCCUUGAUAUCAAUCUCACCAAUCUUGUGAUCCUUGACACGAAGGACUUCGAACAUCCCGUGGCAGUCAUCGAGUUGCCGCUGCGCAUGCGGGCUCAGAUUCACGGGAACUGGGUUGAUGCCAGGGAGCUCAACGGCCAACCUUUGGUUGUGCCGCCCCCUCUCCACCAUAUGACUUGGAGGCAUAGACCUGGACAGUCGGUGCCCAAUGGGCGGGGUUUCGUUGCUGAAUCUAGUGGAGUCUAA